CGUCCAGGGAAAAAAUAUCCCACUUGGUUUUUUCCGCUCCGUGGAUGUUUUCAAAGGGGUCCCCUUCGCUGCCAAGCCUGGAACAUUUGAGAAACCCAAACCUCACCCCGGCUGGGAUGGUGUACUGAAGGCAACAAAGUUUGCAAAGAGAUGUCACCAGAUCAGCAUGCUCCAGACUUCAAGUUUUGGUAGUGAAGACUGCCUCUACCUCAACAUCUGGGUUCCUCAGGGCCGACAAGUGUCGUCAGAUCUGCCCGUCAUGAUUUGGUUCUAUGGAGGAGGCUUCAUGGUCGGUGGUUCUAUGGGGCCAAACUUUUUCAACAACUAUCUGUACAGCGGUCAGGAAAUUGCAACCCGGGGCAAUGUCAUUGUGGUGUCAGUGGGAUACCGUGUGGGAACCCUGGGCUUCCUCAGCACAGGGGACUCUCGCUUACCUGGAAACUACGGUCUGUGGGACCAGCAUGCCGCCAUCGCCUGGGUGCACAGGAACAUCCGCUCAUUUGGAGGCGACCCUGACAACAUCACCAUCUUUGGAGAAUCCGCAGGUGGAGUUAGUGUCAGCUUCCAGACUCUUUCCCCCCACAACAAAGGGCUGUUCAAGAGAGCCAUCUCCCAGAGCGGUGUUGCCCUCUGCCCCUGGGGUCUGAACAGGAACCCACGCAAGGUUGCAGAGGAGGUUGCUGUGAAUGUUGGCUGCCCCACUGAUGACAGGAUGGUGGCCUGUCUGAAAUCAACUGAUGCUAAGAAUCUCACCAUGGCUGCUCCCCGCGUUAAAUUUGGCACCCCAGACUAUCCAGCUGUGAAAUACCUGGUUCUGUCUCCUGUUGCUGAUGGAGACUUCCUCCCUGAUCAGCCUGAAAACCUGUUCCACAAUGCUGCUGAUAUCGACUACCUUGUGGGGGUCAAUAACAUGGAUGGACACCUGUUCUCCUCCAAGGACAUCCCUAACUUUAAUAACAAGAAUCAAGAAAUUCCUGUAGAAGAUGUGAAGAGGCUCCUUGCUGCUUACACCAAAGAGAAGGGGCAGGCUGGUUUUGAGAUUGCCUUUGCUGAGUACUCGUCCAACUGGGAAUCAACACCCAGCCAGAUAAGCAUUAAGAGAACUGCUGUGGACAUUGGGACUGACUACAUGUUCCUGGUUCCGACACAGACUGCCAUCUACCUGCGCGCCGCUAACGCCAGGUCUGGGCGGACUUACUCCUACCUGAUGUCUGAGCCCAGUUUAUUGGCUAGACCAGGCAAACCCUACAAUGAGUGGGUGGGAGCCGAUCAUGCUGAUGACCUGCAGUACGUGUUUGGCAAACCCUUCACCACACCAAAGGCUUAUGGAGACAGACACAGAGACCUGUCUGGUUAUAUGAUUGCCUACUGGACUAACUUCGCCAGAACUGGAGACCCCAACAAAGGAAACCUGAAUGUGCCUGUGAUCUGGCCUGAAUUCACGAGCACUGGACAACAGUUCCUGGAGAUCAAUGCUAAGAUGAACGAGAGCUCCAUCGGACAGGAAAUGAGGCUACGUUUUGUUCGCCUUUGGGCCAGCACCCUUCCCAGCCUCCCAUCACAGGGUGCCACAGAUGCUCAGUGAUG